AAAUCCAAUAUUGUCACAACAUAACCGUAUUUACCAUAUUAUGGACAGAGCAGACCGAAUUUUGCAUUCAAACACUACGCAGAUCGCUUCUAUCUGGAAAUUCUAACUUUUUUCGAGAGAGAGAGCGCAUGAUAUGGAAGAGAAGUUGAUAAACAGGCUAGAGUCUGCGGUGACGCGGCUGGAGGCGCUGUCCACCGGAGGUUUCAAUCGAGGCGGAGAGAUCAGCAGAGACGCUGGUGCGGCGGGUCCUUCAAUUGCCGCGUUUGACGAUCUUAUUUCGCAGUAUGUUAACGGCGUCAUUAGCGUCGCGGAGAAUAUUGGAGGAAAGGUUUUGGAUAUCUCGAAGAUUAUUGAGGAGGCGUUUAACGUCCAGAAGGACCUUCUCAUUGAAAUCUCACAAACUCAGAAGCCUGACACAGCGGGGUUGGUUGAAUUCCUGAAACCAUUGAAUGAUGUGGUUGCAAAACUCUCUGUAUUAACGGAGGGAAAACAAUCUGAGUUCUUCAACCACCUGAAAACGGGUGCUGAUAGUCUUGCAGCUCUCAUGUGGAUUGCAUAUACAGGAAAAAAUUGUGGUAUGAGCAUGCCCACCGCACAUGUUGAAGAAAGUUGGCAUAUGGCUGAGUUCUACAGUAAUAAGAUUCUUGUAGAGUACAAGAACAAAGAUCCAAAUCAUGUUGAGUGGGUAAAGGUUUUGAAGGAGCUCUUCGUACCUGGCUUGAGAGAUUAUGUGAAAGCUCACUACCCACUGGGACCUGUUUGGAGUGCCUCAGGGAAGACUAUAACAACUAAUCGGGGUCCUACUCCACAAGCUCCAACUGCAACACAAUCUUCAUCAUCACGCCCUAAACAAGGGAUGUCUGCUGUUUUUGCAGAACUUAAUUCCGGAAAGCCAGUUACUUCUGGUCUGAGAAAGGUCACUGCUGAUAUGAAAAGCAAGAACCGUACAGAUAGAACUGGUGUUGUUUCUGUUGCUGAGAAAGAAAGUCGUGCUAGAAAACCUUCUGUGUCCAAGACAGGACCUCCUAAAUUUGAGCUUCAGCUGGGUCGGAAAUGGGUGGUGGAGAAUCAAAUUGAGCAAAAGGAUUUAGUAAUCGAUGAUUGUGAUGCAAAGCAGACAGUAUACAUAUAUGGGUGCCAGAAUUCUGUUCUUCAAAUCAGAGGGAAAGUGAACUGCAUUACAUUGGACAAGUGUAGUAAGAUGGGGCUAGUCUUCCAGGAUGUUGUGGCAGCUUGUGAGCUUGUCAAUUGUAGUUCCAUGGAGGUGCAAUGUCAGGGUGUGGCGCCUACAAUUUCGAUUGACAACACUGAAGGAUGCCAACUAUACUUGAGCAAAGACUCUUUAGAGGCUUCUAUAACUACGGCCAAGUCUGAAGUCAAUGUAUUAGUACCUGCGUCUGAAGUAGAUGGCGACUGGGCAGAGCAUCCUUUGCCACAGCAAUACAUUCACGUAUACAAGGAUGGCCAAAUUGUUACAACUCCAAUGGAUCACUCUGGUGGCUAAAUUGACUUAUCCCAACAUCAUCGCAUCUUGGUGCUACUUUUGGGCAUUUUGUUUAUGUUGAUUUUUUAUUUUUUAUUGUUAGGCUCAUCAUAUAUUGAUUGAUGGCUCUAAUUUAUUAAAUUGUUGUAUUGGUUAAUUAUGCUCUGCUGGCAGUUUGUUUUAGAAUCAGUUGUUAUACUUAAUGAGUUUUUUAUUAUUUGAGAGUUUUUCAGAUUAGUUACA